GUCACCCUUCCCUCCCUCUUGGGAAUGUUGAGUGAAAAUGGCGCACGGACAUCUUGCUGCCGUCUGGCUGCUACACGUUGACUAACUAACGAGAAACUAAUGCAGCGGGUUCAGGAGGUAGAGGAGCCGUGUUACUGUUCGUGUAGUAAAGUUUCUUUGGUUCACACGAAGUUAAUCAACGUGGACAAAGCACAGGAUCUCUCCUCGGUCAGUAAUGGGGGCACAUGACAGUGGGAAGUGAAAGGACCAGUGCAGCAUCACAACAAGAUUAACCCAUCUAAGACACCUGUAAGCUGCUCCCAGCUUUCUUCAACGAUGUCGGACUUCCUGAUGAGAGAGUUCAGGGCCCAGCUGACCACCAGCAUGGACUCAGUCCUGAGGAGAGCUGUGUUUGAAAUAACAAUGAUCUUUGAGAACAGUCUACGCGGCCAUCAAAUGGAGCUGGCACAGAAAGGAGAAGAGGUUGCUCAACUUAAAAUAAAGUUGCAGAGUGUGGAGCUCAAGCUGAGCAAAAUUGAGCCCGGAGGGGACAGAGGAGCGGAGACGAAAAAAGGAGAGCCUGAAGAGACGAAAAAAGGAGAGCCCGUAGAGACGAAAAAAGGAGAGCCUGUGGAGACGAAAAAAGGAGAGCCUGUAGAUGUUCCCAACGCCCCUGUGCAACCGUCUGAUGUUCCUGAGAUUGAUUUUGAAGUACCCGAUGACUGGUGUGCUCCCCUGGGCUGCGAAACCAUGAUCAAGAAAAAAGAUGUCUUUUGUCCCAGCAUAAAACUGCGCCCGCUGUCCAUUCCUCUGUGGCCACUUCCGAUCAUCAAGCAGGAGGUGGUUAACUGUGACAUUGACUCCCACCAGCGGACAAAGAGUCUCAGGAGAUCCAAGAGAAGUUCCUCAUUAAGCGAGAAGCACAAAGACAAGGAUGAAGGAAGUCGACGUCCAGCGAUGAGAAACAACAUGAAGAAAUUGCUCCAAGACAUCAAGCAGGAGUGUACUGACCAAACAGACGGUACAGUUCUUAGAAGUAGAGGGAGAAAUUUAUCAGGAAAAGAGCAAGAAAAUACAACGCUGAGCAAAAGAGAGGAACGAAAACUCGCAGCAGCUGAGUCCAGAGAAAAGGAGACAGAGACGGAGAAAAACGACGGUCAAAAACUGUACUCCUGCAAGUUUUGUAAGAAGGAAUUUAAUACAGUGUUUGGCCGAAAUGUGCACGCACGAAUGCACAAGAAGUGCAAAGGUUGCAAAAGAGAGUUCCCUUCUCCAAGUGCUCUUAGGUGUCAUAAAUUAUCUUGCAAAAGACUCAAGAGAUUGUUGGCAAAAAAAGCUCAGCUCGCUAACCCUCCAAAACCCGAGACCUGUGUUGAAGAAAACCCGAUUGCACCGAGCAAAACACAGGAGGCCGUCGAGGAGGAGAGCACACCUUCCUCUACCAACCAAGGAGAAUCAUCUAUCCAGAAAGCUGUGUACACAAAAAAGCACUCCUGUGCAGACUGCAACAAGAAGUUUCAUAGCAGUUUUAGGCUGAAAGAGCAUGUGCGUGUUCAUACUGGUGAGAAGCCAUUUCCGUGCCGCAUGUGCCCAAAGAAAUUCCGCAUCAAUCAGUCACUCAAAUAUCACGUACUGAGAAUGCACAAAGACCAAACGAAUUCCAUUGAGACCAAUGAAAACCUUGCAUGGACCAUGCCUUUAGAGGAGACUGAAGAUUGCGGUGAGGAUUUGACGUCUCCAAGGAAAACACAAGUCGAGCAAUCAUUCGCCCAUAACAACGUUCAGACAGAUGGCGAUCCAGACACAAGGCCGGGCUCAAAAUGGGAAACCAUGGGCACGCGCUGCCCUGAUGGUUUCAUCUGCAUGUUGUGCAAGAAGCUCUCAAGAAACCAAUACCUGUUGAUUGAACACUUUCGCACCCACACGGGAGAGAGGCCCCUCAAAUGUGACAGGUGUUCGUCAGGGUUUCGUUCUCGUGGACAGCUAAGCAUGCACAAGAAGAGAUGUAAUCCUGCUGUACUGGUGGCCGAGUGUACGAAGUGUAAUAAGAAAUUUGACUCGCAAGCAAGGUUAAUUAAGCAUAUGCCGAAUUGUCAUAGAGAUCAGCCUAAGCCUAAUUUGUGUAAGGUCUGUGGAAAAGGCUUCUUCACUAAAGGACGCCUCAACAACCACAUGGAACGUUUACAUAAGUGAGCCAGAAGACGGUCAGCAUCACCUGUCUGUGGACAUUGAAACACUGGAUGUUGUCAUUUAUGAUCUUACGGAUUCCCUGCAUUUAACCUUAUUUUUAUAGGUUCUGUUGUUUUUAUUCUUUUUUGAGAUGUAAUAAGAUGUUUAUACAACUCACAUCGGUAUUCCCCAUCUCUGUUAAAUAUUUAAAAAGUACUGUAAAACCAGUAAUAAAAAAUGUGGUGUAGUUCAUCAUCACAUUUACAGUAUUGUGUCAUUUCAAUGUAAAGUAAGAGCUCAGAUGUAAAACAUCAGAGUCUAUGUCCAUGUAUACUGUAGAGGGGUCUAGUCCACCACCAAGUACGCUUGAUCUACGGUUAUCAUUUAUUUGUUUUUAAAGUCUAAACAUUUCUUAAUAUUUUCAAUGAUGAUGUGAAAAAAGGAAAUCCAAUUAGGAAACCACUAAUGGAGAAAAGGUGAUGGAAAUGUGUGCUUUUGGCUAUACCUGACAAACAAGGCUGUGUAAAUGCAAUAUUGGACACUGUUACUCUUGUUCUGUUUGUUAUGAUUUUGUAUCUUUUUUGUUAUUUUUAUGUUAAAAAUAAAGUCAUUCAUUCAUUCAUGAAUGCAAUAUUGCCUUAAAGCAGACCUGCUCUUUGAAAACAGUAUUGGCCGCAAUAGUCUAUUGAACACUAAAAGAAUAAUCAAAGCUUUAUGACAACAUUUUUUUCUGUUAAAAAUCUGUCAUCACACAUUACACAGUAUCGUCGAAUCCACCAACCUUGUUUUUGUAUUUACUGAAGGUAAAUGUUUGGUUAUCUGUACAUAUUUGUCUACUGUUUGCCUUAAUCACAGCUUGUGCUGUUUGUUAUCAAGUGUACAAGUUUUAGCAGAGUUCAAAACUGCGUCAUUCAAACAAUCUUUCAGAUCACCCCAUCAGUGUCUGGUGCUGCGCUUGUUUGUGGAGUCGGAAUUUUUUAACUCAGCUUUACGAUGUUGACAGUAUUUGCUGAAAACAUUACAUUGUUAUGGUCUUCUUACAUUCAUAGUUGUUAUGUUCAUUCAUCUGAUGCUUGGAGUCCAGAAACGAGCCAGAACAAAAGAAGUUUGUUUUAUUUUGUACGGGAUGUAUUCAUAUAUCCACAUGGAUAUAAUGGAAUAAACGGUCUUACAAGCCUACUGCUCUUUUAUUUUCUUUAAUAAAAGUAUUAUAAAAGUGGUGCUAGACUUAGACAUUAACAUUUCCACAAUAAAAUCCAUAUUUCA